CGGUGUCAACGGAGCGAAGGUUUGGUGGCACGGCGAGAGGGUUAAAAGGUGGCAUCUCUUUUUGGGGUUUUUCAGCUCGUCCGUCCGUCCGUUUCAGUCGCCGAUGGAGCAAGCCGGCGUGUCCAAGUUGGCGAGCCUCGCCGUCGUCCUGUGGGCAAUACCCAUGCAGGUGACCUGCCUCAAACGAUUCGAGGAUGUCUUGGCGGCUGGGAAAGAUUAUCUCUCAGGGGUGGGAGGCUCGGCCCCCCAUGGCUGGCAGCAGGCCUCUGCUGCUUGGAACGACACCGCGUACCCCGUGUGGCCCCCCAACGACACGCGCUGGGAGAGCAACUGGCGAGGCGGCCGCAUGAAGGUGAUGCUGACCAGCGACGGGCCGGCCCUGGUGGGCUCUCGCAUCACAUUCUACUCGCAGCUCCACUUCCCCCGCGGACAGCGGGCACAGCCCAACGGCCGCGCCGCCUGGGCCCAGAACGGCACCGUCGACGGGAGCCCCGUGAGUGCUGGUGACGAGGUGUACCCGGAGCUGAGCGAGAAGGGCCCGGGAGGCCGCCGCUCGUUCCCCGACGGGCGCCCCAUGAAGAGGGGCAGGCGGGACGAGGACUACGUCUACGUGUUCUACACCAGGGGUCGAUUCUGGGAGAUCGGAUCUCAGGUGACGGCGACGGUGACCAUCGACACGAAGGACAUCCCCCUGGGCGUCCACGUGGUGCAGCUGCUCGUCUACCAGGAGCGCCACAACAACCAGUUCAUCCCUCUCGGCAACGCCACCGCAGAGUACACCAUCACCGACCAAAUCCCGUUCAGCGUGGAGAUCAGCCAGCUCGACGACCAGAACUACCUGGACAACCGCUUCGUGGAAAACCGCGACGUCAUCUUCACGGCCCUGGUGAACGACCCGAGCGGCUACCUGCGCGACAGCAUCGCGGAGCUCACCUACACCUGGAACUUCGGCGACGAGAGCGGCUCGCUCAUCACGCAGAUGCCCACGUGCCGUCACGCGUACCCGGCCGCGGGCAACUACCGCCCGCAGCUGGUGCUGAGCGCGAUCAUCCCCACCGAGUGCGGCACCCUCAACGCCACCGUCAUUCCCGACGAGACCACGCGCACCACCACCACCACCACCACCACGACCACCGCCACCACGACCACCACCACCACCGUCGCCGUCACCACCGCUGCCACCGCGGCCACGACCGCCGCCGCCGGCGCUGCCACCACCCCGUCCGCUCCUGGUGGACCCACCACUCCAGCUGCUGCGUCUGCACGGACGGUCACCACCGAAGUGCCAGCCACGCCAAACCCGGCCGCCUUGCUGAUGCUGACCGCGGCGUCUCAGCUGCCCGCUGAACCCGACGGGCAGACGACGCCGCCACCAUCGACGGCGGCUCCGGUCAGCCAGGAGGAGGCGGUGGUGGUCACCCUCUCAGCCUCGGAGCCGACGGUGGAGGGCAGCAGCAGCAGCGUCGUCCCCGCAGCCACCGUCAGCGAUGAGGCCGACGUGGCCACGGCGGCGUCUCCGUCGUCUCCGGCGUCUGCGGCGUCUCCGGCGUCUGCGGCGGCUCCGGCGUCUCCGUCGUCUGCGGCGUCUCCGGCGUCUGCGUCGUCUGCGGCGUCUCCGUCGUCUGCGGCGUCUCCGGCGUCUGCGGCGUCUCCGGCGUCUGCGGCGGCUCCGGCGUCUCCGGCGUCUGCGGCGGCUCCGGCGGCUCCGGCGUCUCCGGCGGCUCCCAGCGAGGCGGCGGUGGCGGCGCUGCGUCUCGUCAAGCGGCAGGCUGUCGCGUGGAGACCCCCGCACUGCCAAGUUCACCGCUACGGCAGCUUCAGCACGCGCAUCACCGUAGUCCCUGAGAUCCAGAGUGUCAAGGUGGUGGCGCUGACCAGCGCUCAAGCUGGCGGUAGCACCCUGCCGGGCCUCGUGAACUUCAUGGUUACCUGCGAGGGCAGCCUGCCCACGCAGGUGUGCACGGUGGUGUCCGACGCGGCGUGCGUCAGGGCGCAGAGCUCCGCGUGCCGCAACGUGAGCGGUGCCGCCGGGGGCGGCUGCGAGGUCGCCGUGCAGGAGAGCUUCAACGCGAGCGGCACCUACUGCCUCAACGUGACGCUCUCGGACGACGUCAGCCUCGCCGUGUCCAGCACGCAGGUCACCGUCGGCCUAGAUGGAUCUGGCUCAUCUUCGGCCCUGAAGUCGGCCAUCGUUGCCGGCGUCUUUCUGGCCAUCGCCAUCGCCGGAGCUGCCGUCUACGUUAAUCGGCGAUUCAAAGAAUACUCGCCCGUCUACCAGCACGUGGCGGAGAACGGAGCGGCUGCCGGCGGAUCGUGGGCCUCUUACGCCGGGAUGCGGAGGCUCCUGGGCCUGGGCAGAAACGAAGAGGCCAGCCCGCUGCUCGCGACAACGGCGGCCACUGGGCGCAUCGUCUGAGCCGAGCCAUCUCUGGCAAGGCGGCCGGUCACCAGGCGGCCUACGGCUGUCAGUCGCCUGUGAGCUGCAAGUCAACCCUCGAUAAUAUACACGUUACAGGGACGCCUGUACUUACGAACGAGUUAAGUUCCAGAGGUACUGUUCGUAAGUCGAUUUGUUCGUACGUCGAUUUGUUCGUGAGUUCAACUUUACUACUGUCGAUUCCAGACACGUUGUACGGCGUGUACACUAAACACGGGUAAUGGCUUUAAAAGUUGUGUAAUCUCCUGUAGAUGUAGAUGCCACUGGUCCUUCACGUUCUGCAGAUGUAGAUGCCACCACUGCCAUCUAUUGCGCGGCGGUUGAGCUUACGACUCUCGGGUCCGGACAGGCAACUGGACAUACGGACCAGGUUUGUUCGUAUCUCUGAAAGUUCUUAAGUCGAAUGUUCGUGAGUAGAGGCGUCCCUGUACACUAAAAACAAUUGACCAUAACAAAAAAAAUAGACGAAGGUUUUAAGGAAAUGAUGGGGUGGGGGUGGUAGUUGGUUUGUGUUGAUUUGGCACUCUGAAAUGCAUUGGAACAAAUGAAACUACCCUUGUGUCGUCAUGUGUGUCGUCACGUGUGUGCGACACAUUGGCAGCUGCCCACAACCAUGGGGGUGGGGGGGGGGGGGGUACCCCUAUGCAAAAAAAAAAUGAACGACACGACAGCUGCCGGGGCAUUGGGAUGAUGGAGAUGAGAUGCGAUGUUGAGGUGCUCUGAGACACUGGAGCGUUUACCCAAUGAACACGCAAAUCCUCGUCUCGGCCGUCCUGACGGUCCUGCUGCAGUCUGGCCACGGCCCCCCCCCACCCCCCCUAGUGGCAGCUGUCCCUGUGUGGCACCGCGGCGAAACGUCGCAGCGAGGCGCGACUGUGGGGCAUGUGUCUGGCCAGCGUUUUUUUGCUUCUUCUUUUUCGCAAUUUAAGUAAUCCGUGAGUGAUUCGAUAAAUUUAGGCGAUAAAAAAAAACAAAUUCAUUUUUUUUACAUACUCUUUGGUUCUUUCGGUUAACUCACGACGUUUUGAUCGCAACACAAGCGGUCGUCAUCAGGCAUAGGAGUCAGCCUCUAAAGGCAAACUGUUUUUAAGGGUUUGGGGAUGGGCGUAGCCCAAGUGCACCAACAGCACCAGGAGCACGGGCGGUGCACGAGUGUCAAUGCAGCAACAAUGCCAAUGAAGCAGCAAUCCCAAUGCAGCAACAAUGACAAAUGCUGGGGAUGCGGAGGGAAAUUAACUUGUACCCGGUAGAUAUGAUGGAACAACGCCCAUCCCCAGACCGUUAUAAACAGUUUGCCUUUAGAAGCCGACUCCUUUGCCUGAUGACGACCGCUUGUGUUGCGAUCGAAACGUCGUGAUUUGUUUAAUUCUAUUUCUACCUACGCGACUAUACCAAAGGAACCAAAGAGGAUGGAUUCCUGCAGUCACGAAAGCUUCAAAUCAAGAUUGUUCAUUGGUUUACCUGACGCAGAGUGGCGGCCGUCGCCGUAUCUCGCCCAUCGUACCAACGUGGGCAGACCACUGACGUCUGUUUGUGGGGGGCCUUAGCCAUAGCCUGCCCCCCCCCCUCCCCCCCACACCAACCUCACCGCGCACGGUAAUUUAACGGUGCUUUAGGACCAUUGGCUGUGCGUGCGAUAAUCCGAUCGAGUGUUUCCACAACAACCAGCCACCGUCAGCACCAAUAACCACCACCAACCAACACAGACCAGUGAAAGAGAUGUGGUCAAACAACAACCACAACGCGGGGAGAGGCUCUCUCAUCCAGCAGCGGCAUAGCCCGCGGCCUGUAAAUUAUUAUCGACCGUUGUGUUUAUCGUACGCAGUGGCCUGAGCCUGCAAUUGCGGGGCUAAAUUCCUCUAAUAUUUUUGUUCAUUCUCAUCGUCCGUGGAGCGGUGGAGGUGAAUGUAUCCGAUGUUAGUUGGCGCAUUUAUGACAACCGAGAGAGACAAUCUGAUCAGCUUUGGGACAUUCCCCGUAGCUGAACAUUUGCUUUUACCCCCCCCCCCACUUCAUUUAACCGCGUAUUCUGCCACCGGUUCUUAUAACCACCGAUGGGAUUGGUGGCUUGAGUUACUUAUAUUGUAGGAGAAUAAUAUAUCCAAUUUAGCACAGAUACGUAGCACAUUGAUGUGCAAUGUCCUUAAUGGUUACCAAAAAUCACCCCGAGCUAAUAAAUCCUCUGAUACCUGGUACGGUUCGCCGUUUGGCCUUUUCUGGUCUGAAACUCGCGAGACGAGGCCACAAAGAAGGCUGCCGUCUCUCUGGCGUAUGCCAGUCAGUUUCAAAGACAAUGCAAAUAUUAUUAUCAGAGCAUGUUUGUUUGAAUGUUCACCACAAGUAGCGUGUGUGGUUAAUGCAGUAAUUUGAUUCCUUGCAAAAGGUAUCCAUUCGGUGUUUGAACAUCUUCACACAACUCCUGUUCUAUUGCCAGAAAGGGUAAAAAAAAACCUUUUCUUAUUUUUCAUGCUUAUUUAGAGUUAAGUCACUCAAGCCCGUGACCAGACUUGCAACCGAGAGAGGUUCUCCGGCUGGGCUCCAUCUCAGUUGUUGAAACGGUGGGUUGCGCCUCUCCUGAAAUCAACGACCGCCACCUCCGUCCCACCGGCACAAUUGUCGCCGCUCGGGCAAAGUCACUUGCGCGGCGGGGCAGAGUGUGGGGUAGCUCCCGCGACACGCAUUUUUUCUUUUUUUGCGCCGACGUCUUGCCGGCGUGGACGAGUAGGCCAAGUGCCCUCUUCGUGUGCGAGGGCCCCUUUCUGGCAGCAGGUUGUGCGGGCAGGGCAAACAGUUGCAGGGCCGCACCUUUGACUUUUAAAUGCAUUGUACUGCCAAUUGGCUGAUUUUGGCCUAAAAGCGCUGUUAGGUGUAGUGUGAGCCGGCCUGAGUUGAGUGUUUUGUACCCACAUGCAUUCAGUAUUUUGGCCAUAAAAUGGUGCUUUUUUUGACCUGUGCCAACGGCGUAGCUUGUUUACCGAACGUAACAAUAAAAUGACAUCGGGACAAUGUUCA